AUGUGUAAAGUUUGGGAUACACAAUUUAACAGCCCAGUAUUCGGCGUCUCUGUUUUGUCAAUGUCUAAGCGCAUAAUGAACGAGGUGAUGACGACGGCAGAAGAUUUAGGAAUAAAUAUUUAUUAUCAAGAUACAGACUCAAUGCACAUAGAAGAUGAAAAAAUAUCUAUGCUGGCUGAUGAAUUUAAGAAAAGAUACGGGCGUGAGUUAAUUGGUUCAGAUAUGGGUCAAUUUCAUAACGAUUUUGACGAAUUAGAAAACGCUUACUGUGUCCUUCAUAUAUCAGCAGGAAAGAAAAUUUAUUAUGAUUUAUUAAGAAAUGACAAAGGACAAACAGCUGAACAUUUAAGAUUAAAAGGUAUUCCAUCAGAAACUAUAAUAAAUCAUGCUAACAAAUAUUUUAAAGGACGUGUUAAAAAUUAUAUAAAGCAUUAUACUGGGGUGAAGAAAUAA